GCCACGGCGUGGCUUCGGCGCAGCAGACCAGUUUUACGAUGUCUGCCUGUAACGUAUGUACAUACAUACAUAAGGUUGGUAGGUCGGUAUUUGUCCUUGCCGCCCGAGUGCUCUGUAUGUCGUACACUAAAUCUCGUUUACUCUGCCGAGAAACAUGCGAUGGAGUACCCCACCGAGUGUGGGGGUUACGCGAUGGUCUCAGGGAAAUGGCAGCUUCAUCGCGCCCCCUUCAAUGGCUAAACCGUCGUGAUAAUGAUCUGCCUGAUGUCAAUAGUUAAAGCUCAGCCGUCGCCAAUCUCCAUCUUGCCUCCCGGAUCCCGUUUGAGCUCGCCAUUUGCUCCCGACUCACGAUCGAUAACCAAAAAGAUCAGCCAUUCAUCGAGGACAACGAGCAAAAAAACCCCGGCCGCGGUUGGUUUGACGGUACCCGUGAGCGGCAGGCCCGAAGACACCACUCAAGAAACCGCGGUUUUGCUACGAGUUCCAGCGCCUUGCCUAUGCGUUCUUCUCCCCUCGGUGGCUUCGUUACGACCUUGGUUGAGUGCCUGGCUUGCUGUAAUGACGCCCACACUUUAUUACAAGCCCAGAUACAGAUGUCGUGUUCUCGAUCUAGUACGGGAAAUGUCGUUUCCUCCGCGGCAGCACACAGACAUUGCGAGAUAACGCAUCUAGACGGGUUAAUUUAUAUAUAUUGUUGCCGGGUGUUGCGCUUGGCGCUUCGGACAAUGCAGACAACUGGGUUACCAGAAACGUACGAUGCGAACGGAGAUCCCAGGGCGCCACACGCUGAGUCGUCUGUAUUCUUUGAUCAAAUGUCGGACAGCGAGGUUGCACCAAGUAUGAAGUUAGGUUGCAGAGCCCGAUCGGCGUGCAGGAGAAGCUGGAGACGUUGUGACCCAGGGGACCGAGGUUCAAACCCGUUCCCGCCAGCCAACGGCUCAUUCCGAGGCUUUGUUCUUUGCUUUGUUUGUGUCGGCAUGACUCUCCACAAGUGUGACAACUGAACUUCCCCGGACUGGGGCCGUGUUACCAACACCAGAGCCUGGGUGCAUAUGUGGUGCGGGCAGUUAUUGGUAGUGUGAGGAGUGAGACUGGCGAGGGUGUACUAUGUAAGGUAGCUACAAAGUAAAAGCUGAGACAGCAUAGCACAUACCAAAAACUACACCAUCGAGCAAGCAGACCCAUUUCCCGCUUUCUGCCACGAGAUGACCUCGAACGACCAUGAUUUGUCCGUCGCCAGAAAGAUCGAGGGGUAUGACUAGGGGAGACCUUCAGCAGUUUGUUUGCCAUUGCCAAUCAAGGUGGGGGAAGACGGGCCGAGAUACACAGUAUGGACGCCGUUAAUGGUGGUUGGCUAAAAUGUCUGGAUACCGACAUAACAUGACCGCCUCCCAAAGAAAACAGUGUUCGGGUCUCUGGCACAGUCAUCCAGGUUGUCCCUCCCAUCGCCUUUUUUGUCUCGCGGGGGCGGUUAUUCUCCGACGCCAGAAAAGCAAAGCCCU